AUGUCCUCCCUACGCGACCAAGUUCUAUCGCAACAUCGCAAUGCUGCAGGCACAAUCGCAACAUGUCAAUAUGCAUCAUCCGAUUCCCAACCCAUACCUCCCGAGCCAUCACACCCAACAGCCACAGAUCUAAAAGCCCUCGCAAUGCAGCAAUUACUACAGCGCCAGGCCCGGCUCCUCAUCAAACUCCACGAAUCCCUGCCCCGGAACACAGACGCCGGCGUAGACGAAGAUUUGCUGCAGACGAGGCUGGACGACCUCGCCUCGGUGUGCAUGACGGCGUUUUAUGCGUAUCGGUUUGAUUUGUUGCCGUAUUAUUGGCGGUGGAUAUACACGGACACGCUGAUUCUCGUGUCGUACCACGCUAUAGUAAAGGCUGCGCGAGAGGAUUCGUUUGACGAGGAUGUCAUGGAUCGCGUGGUGGAGAGUCUGGACAGGGCACUUGUGGUAGCUGGCGGCGCGGGGAAACUCAUAGGGAAACAAUGGAUUGAAAAGACGUUGGAAUUACUGUGUCGUUUUUGGGAAGAAGGAGAAGGAGAAACGCACACCUCCGAGGGGGAAGCUCAACGGCCGCGGAAGCGCAUCAAAAGGGACACAACAUUCUCUACCGACGAACCAUUCGGCAGACCGAAUCUCUCCGCUGAAAGGACGUGUCCGCGAUACGAAAACUGGACGCUGGGGAUGUUUGACAAGUACAUGAACGAGGGCAACCCGCUGCCCGUCGUCUUCACCGACCUGACGAAGGAAUGGCCCGCGUUUUCAGAUAUGCCGUGGAACAGCCCCGAGUAUCUCCUCUCGAGGACGUUUGGCGGGAGGAGGCUCGUCCCCGUCGAAGUCGGACGGAGUUACGUCGACCAAGGCUGGAGCCAGGAACUCGUCCAGUUCAAGCACUUUCUCGCAAAAUACAUUGACCCGAGCAUCACCACCACAACAUCGACACACCCAAAUGAGAGGCUUCAGCCCGAUAAAAUAGGCUACCUCGCCCAGCACAACCUCUUCCAGCAAAUCCCCGCCCUGCGCAACGACAUCCGCGUCCCCGACUUCUGCUGGGCCGACGUCCCUCCCCAUCCCACCGACCCUGCCAAGAACCAGACGCCCGUGCAUGUCCCCCAGUUGAACGCGUGGUUCGGCCCCGCCAAGACCAUCACGCCGCUUCAUACGGAUGGGUAUCAUAAUUUGCUGUGCCAGGUUGUCGGGACGAAAUAUGUGAGGCUGUAUGCGCCUGAGGAGACGGGACGGUUGCGGCCGAGAGGGAUGGAGCAUGGUGUUGAUAUGAGCAAUACGAGUGAGCUAGAUGUUGGCGUCUUGGAGGGCUGGGAUGAGGACGGUGAUGACGGUGGGAAUGACUGGGAGAGUAUUCGAAAGCAGUUCAAGGACGUUCCGUAUUGGGAGACUGUGCUUAAUCCGGGGGAUACGCUGGUGAUUCCCAUCGGGUGGUGGCAUUACGUCCGGAGUUUGAGCAUCAGCUUCAGCGUCAGUUUUUGGUGGAAUUAA